CCUUUUCUUCGUUGGAGCUCUCUCUCUCGUUUGAAGGGGGAUCCGAUCUUUCCUUUGGUUCGAGCGAAGUAACGCGAGAGAGAGAGAGAGAGAGAGAGAGAGAGAGAGAGAGAGGAAGAUGCUGGAGCUCAGGCUGCUGCAGGGCGGGCUGCUGAAGAAGGUGCUGGAGGCGAUGCGGGAGCUGGUGACGGACGCCAACUUCGACUGCUCCCGGUCCGGCUGCUCCCUCCAGGCCAUGGACUCCAGCCACGUCGCCCUCGUCGCCCUCCUCCUCCGCUCCGACGGCUUCGACCACUUCCGCUGCGACCGCAACCGCUCCAUGGGCAUGAACCUCAACCACGUCGCCAAGCUGCUGCGCUGCGCCGGCAACGAUGACAUCGUCACCCUCAAGGCCGACGACGACGGCGACACCGUCACCUUCAUGUUUGAGAGCCCCAAGCAGGAUAAGAUUGCAGAUUUUGAAAUGAAGUUGAUGGAUAUCCAAAGUGAGCACUUAGGCAUUCCUGAAGCAGAAUAUCAAGCUAUUGUAAAGAUGCCAUCACAAGAGUUUGCACGAAUUUGCAGAGAUCUGAGUACCAUAGGUGACACUGUUGUAAUAUCUGUGACAAAGGAAGGAGUGAAGUUCUCGACCAAAGGAGACAUUGGAAGUGCAAAUAUUGUUUGCCGGCAGAACACCACCGUAGACAAGCCAGAAGAAUCAACUGUAAUAGAGAUGAAGGACCCAGUUUCCUUGACGUUUGCUCUUCGCUAUCUGAUCUCAUUUACUAAGGCAACACCUUUGUCAAAUACUGUCACAGUAAGCAUGUCCUCAGAUCUACCUAUGGUCGUCGAGUACAAGAUUGCAGACAUGGGCUAUAUCAGAUACUACCUGGCUCCCAAGAUCGAUGAAGAUGAAGACCAGGCUUAACAUCUCCCAAGAUCUGUGUGUUUUUUUUUUUGGUUUUGUUUUGGGAUGGUUUGAUGUUCUUAUCGUCUCUUGAUGUGGUGCUUGUUUUUUUCUCUCAUAUAGGUUUGUAAUGCUGAACAUAAACGAAUGCAUCAAUUACUUUGAGGAUGAGUUUUUGUUGUCAUAA